UUCAGUUCAUUUCUAAAUUGACUUCGCUUAGUCAAAUGUUUCAUGGGACAUUUGCACUUUUUAGUUCUUAGGACAAGUUUUAGAAACGAAAAGUUUGAAGAAGUGUGUGAACUUUAUUGCCGAAAAUAGUAAAAGUUUUCGAAAUGUUUAUAAAAGUGUUUAAGAAUAGUAAAAAUGCAUUUACGUUGUUGCUGUUAUUUGGAUUUUUUGGAAUUACUGUCAUUGAAGCACUGCAAUGUUAUGAUUGCUACGAUUGCGAAGAUGACGAGGAUCUCAACGAACUACAAAUCUGCGGUGAAUUUCCCACAACAAAAGCACCCGGAAAUGGCGUUAACUCAGAGAAUAUGACUGUAGUAGCAGGAAAUAACACUUUAAGCCCUGGCAAUGCAACAACAACAAGUAACUCAACAAAAGGUCCAAGCUUCAAUGAAGACGACAUCGAAGAGAAUAGCGAGGAUGAGGACGAGGAAAGCGACGAUGAUGAAGAUGAUAGUGAACGGCGUUUGCGACCCGAUCGGCAGAUGUUCAGCAAUACGGGCGAUGCCGUGUGCUAUGUCGUAAAAUUGAAAGUCAACGACACCACCGUUACUAAACGUGGUUGUGCCACAUUUUUCCAUGACGAUGACACUUGUGAAUCCGUUUCUCCUGGUUCGGACAUACAAACUUGUCACCUAUGUGAAGUGGAUGGUUGCAAUAAAUACGCUGGUGAUGAUGACUAUUGGGGUGCUCUGUGGAAUGCUGGCGAAAAAGUUAAUGCACAGCAUUGGCUUAUAUUACCGUUAUUUAUUUUAUUGACUUUUUUGAUUUUGUGUACACUUUUCAGUAAUAAAUAG